AGGAGCAGUGCAUCAGUCAGAAACGCGCCGUGCGGCAAGUUCUGCCCAACUGCCAAGUGCUUUGCCAUUCAUGUGACAAAGUCAUGCCUGAAAACUACUGGGACGAUGGCUAAGGGCCUUACGAACGAGAUUUCGUGGUGGCGUGCAACAUGUGGAAUGCGUCUGUACGAGCAUCGGAGUCAUCGUAGCAUCGUCGCCAGCUCGCUAAUUGAGACAUACGGCAAUUGUUUCAUGUCAGACUUCGAAUCUCUUCGACGUCACACGUCACUUGCGCCUGCUUAUGAUUCAGAAACAACAUAUAAUUAAAGUGGCAUAUUAUUUUA